CAUUCAAUUUAGUCAACCCAUGAGUUUACGCGACGUUUGUUUUGUUUAGGGUUUUUGUGUUAUUUUUAUUUCAUGUUGAUUUGGCUCUAAAACGGCCCAGAUGCCUUAAAAAAUAAUAGUAAAACAUAAACAGCAGCUAAAAAGUUCAAAAUAGUCCCAUUGUGGACUUGCCUGUGAUACUUCAGCUCACCAAUGGACGGAAAAAUGACAUCAAAUUAUUUUGAUUAUUAUGAUGGGAGCAGAAUAUUUUUAUUCAUAUCUAAUAGAAUAGGAAUUCCUAUCGAUUUGGUGAAUUUUUUAAUAGCACAAAUAGCUGCACUUUGCCUGGCGCGGCUGUUUCGGAAGCCGCUCCGGAGAGCCUCUCCAGAGUUCAGACAUUCCAUGUGCCUUGUCAUUGGUCUCAUAAUGGGCUAUUUCUGCUUUGGAAAGCAAGCCAUACAUUUAUCAGUACUGCCGAUGCUAUGUUACACGUUACUGAAGACUGUCCAUCAUCGAAACAUGGGAAACAUAGUGCUGGCGGCGUCGAUGCUGUACCUGUCCUGCUUGCACCUGCACCGCGAGAUAUACCACACGGCGGACUACUCGCUCGAUAUUACAGGCCCGCUAAUGGUGAUAACCCAACGCGUGACAUCCCUAGCGUACAGCUUACAGGACAGUCUGUCCCGCUCCGACUCCACCGCGACCUGCAACUCGCGGCAGGGCCAGCUGGUGACGCUGGAGGGUAUACCCUCCCCGCUGGAGUACUUCGCGUAUACGCUGGCCUUCCAGACGCUCAUGUGUGGGCCGGUGGUGUUCUACUCCGACUAUAUACACUUUAUAGAGGGGAGUGGUGAUGAUUGCAAGUCUGCGCAAGCGCAGGGCCCGUCCCCGCGGCGCGCCGUGCUGGUCAAGGUGGCGGGGUCGGUGGCCGCUGCGGCGCUGUACCUGUCGCUCGCCAACAAGUACCCGCUCACCGUGCUCAGAGAGCUGACGGACCCAACCUCCGAGAUCUCCCGCUCGUGGUCCGCCGUGUACCUGCUGUGGUACGCGUACCUGUCCACUCUGGUGGUCCGAUGCAAGUACUACCACGCCUGGCUGCUGUCCGAGGCUAUUUGUAACAAUAGCGGAAUGGGCUUCAAUGGAUACGCGAGCGAUGGCAGUCCGAAGUGGGAUAAGAUGUCCAAUAUUGAUGUGUUUGGGUUUGAGUUCGCGCAAAACUUCCGCGCCGCGAUCGCCAGCUGGAACAAGAACACGAACGCGUGGCUGCGCUGCGUGGCGUACACGCGCGGCGGCUCGUGGCGGACCGCGCGCGUGUACGCGUUAUCUGCGGUCUGGCACGGGUUCCAUCCGGGCUAUUACCUGACGUUCCUGGCUGGGAGCACGUUCACUGUUGCCGCUAAGCGGGUCCGUCGCGUGAUCCGCCCCCUCUUCCUGACCAGCCGGCCGCGCAAGCUGGUGUACGACGCGGCGUCGUUCCUCGCGACGCGCGUGGCCAUGACCUACGCCACCGUGCCCUUCGUGCUGCUGCAUCUGCAGCCCAGCCUCGCCUUCUACUCAAAACUGUACUACUCGCUGCAUUUCCUCGCACUGGGCGCAAUGCUCCUGCCAGCCAAGUCCCAGGGCGCCAGCACCCAGACGCAUGAAGAAGAACCUUCCGAAGCCAAGGUAGAGCCGCCCCCAGCGACCAACGAUAAUACUUUGGCCGACUUACGUUCAUCAAUAAAAAAAGGGUAAAACUGAUAUAUUUUUAUAACAUAGUCUUCCACCCUUGUAGAAAAUUUAAUUAUGCCAAUACAUAGUAUUACCACUUAUUACUUACCAACUUUUACUUACUGUCUGAUGCAUUUACUUGCGUAUUUCAGAAAAUGUAAAAUCAUUGUAUUUUUAUCAUUAGUAAGUAUAGUUUACUUUUAUAACUUAGCAGUAUUUAUUUGUAUUGUUUAUUUGUAAGUUUCGAUAGUAUUUUUUUAUUAACUCAUUUAACGUAUGUUAGUAAACUUCUACCAGUGCUUUUAACGUAUGUUUCUUUCGAUAUAGGUUUAAAAUAGAAGAGCCAUAUUUGAUAAAAAGAAGAUAAAGAAGAGCAUUAAUACAAUUUUAUUGUCUUUUAUAUAAGCUUUUAUUAGUUUAUUCUAUGAUUUUUUCAUAAUAAUCUCUAAAUUAAAACUGGAUGUAGCCUAUACAUAUUUAAAUUUUAUUGUGUCAUCUAUUAAUGAUAAAUAAAGGAAUGAUGAAUAUCUAUAAUAGCUUAUUGAAAUCUUUAGUUCUUUAUUUCGUGAAUUUAUAAAAAUCCAUAUCAUAAUACUAUAGCAGGAUAUAAAAAAAAACUACUUGAAAAUGUAUACUUUAUAUGACAUAUACAUACAUAUUUAUAAUGUGGUAAAUAUAAAUUCAUGUAACUCAACUAUGAUUAUAAUGAUGUAUGUUUUCUUCAUGUAAACUUUAAAAAUCACAUAUUGUGCGUGCCAUUGCAUUUCUUCAACUAUUAACAGUACAAAUUAUUUUAAAACGGGACCCAUUUAUGUAGACUUUAUCUGUAGAUAUGUAGGCUUUAGUGCUAUCUAAAAUGAGGCUAUUUUCGGUUUAUAGUAAAUCUAAAAAGAGAGAAAUUUACAAGACUUUACUGUAAACAGGGAUAGAUAAAACGGCACAAAUCUAAUGACGAAAUAAUCUGUGUACCUAUGUAUAACCUGUGUUAAAUGUGUUGUGACGUUUACUUAGAUAUCGAAUUAAUAUUUUAAACAUACAAGUAUUGUAACUACUGUCUGUUAAUGCUACUUAUACAUUUACUAUUAAUAUGUGACUAAAUAUUUAAUCAUUUCUAACACUUGCUGAAUGUUUUAUUAUUGUAAGGAUCUGCAAGUUAAUUCAUAAUUCUCUGUAUAUCAGUAUUCAACUACCGAGGUUACCUGAAAUAUGGACUCAUAUGAGUAGCUUCUCAACGUGGUAAUUAAGAACCAUUACUUGUUAAAUUAUUUAUAAAUGUUCUGUGCUCUACCUACCAUAUGCCACCACAGAAUUCGUUACUAUUUAAACUGACAAGAUAUUAUUUUUGUUGUUUAGUAUUAUGAAUUUUUAUUCAUUGUUGACUAUCUUAGCUUGUAAGCUUCUUAUUGACAAAACUUUUCAUGUGCAUCUUAUCUUACCUUUGAUAAAACCAAAUAUAUUUUGUGUAUUCAUGUGUAAUGGUGUCACCUUUUUUUUGUAAUGUGACACUAAACAUACCCAGCAUUAUGUAGAAGGUACCUCAUGGUUGUCCUCAUAUCUAUCUGAGGAGAUUGUAGUUAAAUCAAUGAAAAUGCUAUUCUCUUAAAUGCAUGUUCACUGUCACUAAAAAAAUAUUUUUGUUAAAUGUUUACCUCACAAAGGAUGUGUGUUUUGUUUUAAUAUAACUUACAUUACUAUUAUUUUUUCAAUGAAUCUGAUGUCGGGUGGCUUAUCAGAUAUUUUGUUUUGAUGCCUCUUUUAGAGACUUUAAUUAAUAUACAACGUAAAGAUAGUUUUUACUAAAACAAAUAUAAUAUUUCUACAUUGUA